AUGAUUCCCACUAGACACCUGUGUCGUCCUGAACAAAGGGAUGCACUUCUCGAGUUCAAGAACGAGUUUGAGAUUGGGAAGUCUUCUUUUGAUAGCCAUGCUAGCCCUUAUCCGAAGACGGAGUCAUGGGGAAAAAGCAGUGAUUGUUGUUAUUGGGAAGGUAUCACGUGCGAUACCAAGUCUGGGGAAGUGAUCGAGCUAGAUCUCAGUUGCAGUUGCCUCCAUGGCAGGUCAAAUUCCAUCCUCAAUUGGAAACCUUUCACAUCUCACCUCCCUCCGUCUUUCUUAUAA